GUGUGUGUGCGUGUUAUACGUCAGAAUAAUCACAAAACACUGACUGAGCGACUCUCACACUCACGUCACUAAAACAGACCCCAUAGCAGCAACAAACACACAGCAGCCACUAUGGUCGUCACUAAACACAGUUCUGUCGUUCACUUCUGACAGAACCCCAACACCAGGGAGAAAGCUCAGGCCCUUUGGUGGCCUGGCUGCCUCCGACCGUAGACGGGCCCCCCAGGAAGGACCUGGCCCAGGUCAUGGUGAACCUGAAGGUCCGGGUGAAGGGGGUCAGGAAGCUGAGGGCGAAAACAGCAACCAUGGACCCAGGCCAGACUGCCCAGGACCCAAACCAGCUCCCCAAUGUGCCUGACAGCCCCCCCACAAAGGCCCUGGCCCAGGUCAUGGGGAACCUGAGGCUCCGGGUGAAGGGCCUCAAAAAGAAGAGGGUUCAACUAGCAACCACCUCCCGGCUUGAUGAGGAGAAGCCUUUGGGCCGCCUUUCAGGCCGGAGCCCCUUCCCUGGCCAGACCGCCCCGGACCAAGGCCAGACCGCCCCGGACCGAGGCCAGACCGCCCCGGACCAAGGCCAGACCGCCCCGGACCCAAGCCAGACCGCCCCGGACCCAAGCCAGAUCCCCGAGGAACCUGCAGACAGGGCCCCGAGAAAGGACCUGUCCCAGGUCUUGGGGAACGUGAGGGUCCGGGUGAGGGCACUAAGAAAGAAGAGGGUCGAAACAGCUACCACAGCCCUGACGGAGCAGGAGGAGGAGAAGCCUUUGGGCCGGCCUUCACGCCAGAACCCCUUUAGGCGCAUCAAGAUGGCCUGGGCCGACCCAAAGGCCGUCAUCACCACCGACGCCCCCCCGAACACCCCUGAACAUCAGGAUCUGGUCAUCGAGGCUGAGGAGGGGGGGGAAGCCACAGCUCAGGCUGAGGGGACGGGCCUCAGGCCCCGGGUCAACAAGUGGCUGAACCGUAGAAUGAAGGAAAUGUCCACAUUCGCGGCCCGGUUCCAGUGUGGGUCGUGUGUGCGCUAAGAAAAAAAAAAGAAAGAAAAGAAAGAAAAUAGCAUAUAAAAACAAAAAAAAAAUAACUGCAAGAUAAAAUGUAUAACGGUGCCAUUGUGCAGACAAAGUAUGCACGUCAAACAUCUGAUGGUGCCCGACCAAGUCCACAUCGAUGUGAAGUCACACAGGAGGGAAACCCCAGCUUUGUCUAAGCCCGGGUGAAUUUAAACAAAGUAUUGAAACAUCCGAUGGGACUCAACCAAGUCCUCAUCGAUGUUGCGUCACACUGAGG